ACUGACAACCAUUUUCCCAUGGUAUUUUCUCCUCUAGGAUGUCCACUGAACAGGAGAACACAGAGAUGCAUCUCAUUGAAUGUAUGUUAAAGCACUUCAAGACACAGAAAGUGGCCAUUUCUAAUGCGAUAAGAAGUACAUUUCCUUUUCUUGAGAGCCUCCGAGACCAUGAAUUCAUCACUGGUAAAAUGUAUGAAGAUUUGCUAGAUUCCUGUAGAUCGCUGGUCCCUGUGGACAAAGUGAUCUACAGAGCCCUGGAGGAACUGGAGAAGAAAUUUGACAUGACGGUACUGUGCGAAUUGUUCAAUGAGGUCAACAUGGAGAAGUACCCCGAUUUGAAUCUCAUUCGUAGAAGCUUUGAAUGUGACCACAGAGUGUGUCGGGAGCCUGGAAAGGAGACUGAGACCAUGCGCAUCAUCAGAGGGACACGAAUGCAGAAGUGAAGGAGCGGCUUGGUCCUCCACUUCUUUGGGCAGAAGGUGCUGAGUGUUCUUUGCUUUCUCAGAUGCCUCUGUGUGACACUGGCUGCAGACCCGUGGAAGUAGCUCCUGAGUUUGAUGGCUCAGGGAACUUGGUUCCAGCUGUGAGGCACUGGCCAUCAGGGGCUCUUCCUAGGACUUGCUACCAUUUCCAAUACCUCUUCCUAGAAAACACACUCACUCACUGGUGGUUGGAUCAGAAAGGAUCUCUGUUGGCAAGGUAAGGUGUCUCCUGUCUGACCUGUGCUGGAUGUCUUAGUCUGAUUUCUGAGUCUCAGCUCUAAGAUGUUCAGAGCUGACCAGACCCUUUUGCAGUCAUCUCGCUGAGAUGAACUGACAUUUUACUGUCAUUUUGAAAGUCAUACUUACCAAAAGGAUUGGAAUACUCUGAGCUGAACAGUUAAGGCACACUGGUGUCAGGGGGAAAUCCAUGUUGGGGAGGAAAUAAGGCAAAAGACAAAGGAUCAUUUUAUGUUUCCUGUUAACGUAUCCACCACCCCCAAGUGGAAAUCCCACCAGAGCAAAGACCUUGCCAGCCUCGUUAGAUAUUGUAUUUGUAGCAUCCAAAAUAGUCAAAAGUGCCGGGCACUGGUAGUAUACAUUUUUA